AUGGCAGCUCCCAUAAAAGCGUGUUUGAGGAGGGCUGUAUGUCUGAAUGUCUGGAAAACAGAAUGGCAACCAAGGAGAUGGGCCAGUAGAAAUAUACUUGGUCUUCAUGAGAGAGGAGUUUUUCAUAGCAUAUUUCCUGAAAAGAAUGCCCCAGAGCUGCUAAAGCUUUUAAGUUCCACUCCACAGUGCAUUUACUGUGGUUUUGAUCCCACAGCAGACAGUCUCCACAUAGGCAACUUACUUCCUCUCAUUGCCUUGCUGCACUGCCAAAGGGGAGGACAUGAUGUUAUAGCAUUGAUAGGUGGGGCUACUAGCCAAAUAGGAGAUCCUAGUGGACGUACACGAGAUCGUGAUGCCAUUUCAUUAGACAAUGUGGAGAAAAAUGUGGCAUCAUUACAUGGUAUUAUCAGCAAUAUAUUUACAAACCACGAAAGAUAUAUAUGGAGGUCAACCUCCAGAAAACUAGGAAAUGUAAGUAUUUUAAACAACAGUGAGUGGUAUGGUGAUGAAAAUGUUAUUCAAUUUCUUUCUACAAUUGGAAAAUGUUUUAGGAUUGGAAAAAUGUUACAAAAAGAAAGUGUACGUCAAAGAUUACAAAGUCCUGAAGGGAUGAAUUUGUCAGAAUUUACAUAUCAAGUUUUUCAAGCUUAUGACUGGUUACAUCUUUUAAGUAGCCACAACUGCAGAAUACAGCUAGGAGGGCAAGACCAAAUGGGAAACAUUGACUCUGGUUAUGAACUCAUAAACAGAAUAAAUGGAAAGCAGGUAUUUGGAUUGACUGUUCCCCUCCUCACUAAUAAUGCUGGACAGAAGAUGGGGAAGAGCACAGGGGGAGAGGUAUUGUGGUUACACCCUGCCAAAACCUCCCCCUUUGAAUUUUACCAGUAUUUUUUGCGCCUACCUGAUGCAGAUGUCGAGAAGUUUGUGAAAUUGUUUACUUUCCUCCCAGAUGAUAAAAUAGAGAAUUUAUUGAGGAGUCAUAGGUUAGAUGCUGGUUUAAGAAGUGCCCAAAGGUUUCUUGCUGAACAAAUCACUAUUUUAGUACAUGGAGAGGCUGGUCUUGAACUUGCCAAGAAGUGCACCAAGAUCCUCUAUGAAAAUUCUGCAGAAACUCUGGCAGAACUGACCACAGAAGAAUUAUUAAAUCUGUUCUCUAAUGCCCCCACAAUUGAGCUGACUCUUGAAGCAGGGAGCACUGUCAUAGAUGCCUGUAUGAAAGCAAAGUGUUUUACAAGAGAAGUGGAUGCAGAGCGAAUUAUCAAAGGGGGUGGUGUCUAUAUUAACACCCGGAAAGUAAUAGAACCAGAUUUUGUUCUAAUUCCUGGGGAACACAUUUUACCAAACCACAUUACAGUAAUUAGAAUCGGUAAGAAGAACCACUACAUUAUAAAGUGGAGAUGACAUAAAUGUGCUGAUAUAACCUGUGGCUCAGUGCUGAGAUAUCAUGAACUCUUCAUUUUUUAUGAUUAAAGUUAAUUAUAGAAAGAUGCAAAAGUGUUUCUACAUGACCAAACCACUUCAUGUUUCUAUUUCCAACUCCUUAUAUUUUUGUAUGUCUUGGGCUCUCAUUUUUGGAAUAUACAAAAUUAAUGGAAUUUAAAUUAAAACUGACAUAUGAUAUAGACAAAGACUUAUCAAAAAGCUGUGGAUAAUAACACUCUCAUUUAAA